AUGGUUACCUUUAACCUCGCCUAUACGGCCCCUAUCAACCCUUCCGGCACCUCGCCUACCCUUACGAUUCCCCAGAUCUGGGCGGGUCUAGAGCGCAAAGUCCGGCGCGCACAGGACUUCGUGCCCAUUAUUGAGGAGUGCAAUGUUCUAUCCGAGGAGGAGACAGGAAACCUGACAGUUAUACGUGAGGUCCGGUUCACGGCAGGCCAGGAGCCAGAUAGCGGUAGCGGAGGCAGACUAGUCAAGGAGGUAUGCACACAUUACCCUCCAUGCCGUGUCGACUUCGGGCAGCCAGACGGAAGCAGCAUCUCGAAUAUUGUUAGCGAAGGCCCCGAUGGAGAGUUGCUUAUGACGUACGCGUUUGAGUGGAGAUACCCAGGUGCCAAACAGGGGAGCGACGAGGCAAAGAAGUUAGAGGAGAGAAGCUGGAAGACGGCGAAAAUGGCUGUCCAUGGUACUAUUGAUACUAUACGUCGACUAGUCAAUGACGGUGAAAUACAGUAA